AGCCUGGCUUAGCCUAGCUGUGUGAAACAGGCAAGAAUAUCAAGGCUACAUGCUAACUGGCUAGCCAGAUUGAUCAUAAAAAGUAGGAUAGACAAAUAUAACAAAAUAUUGCAGACCGUAGUCAAAUUUUGACGUCGAUGUUAUAAGCUCUGUAUUAGUCAUUUAGAAAAAAAUGUCAACUCCAGCAAGACGACGUUUAAUGAGAGAUUUUAAACGACUUCAAGAGGAUCCUCCAGCAGGAGUAAGUGGAGCCCCGUCAGAAAAUAAUAUCAUGGUCUGGAAUGCAGUCAUUUUUGGGCCAGAAGGGACACCUUUUGAGGAUGGAACUUUCAAGCUCACAAUAGAAUUUACAGAAGAAUACCCAAACAAACCCCCCACAGUUCGUUUUGUCUCCAAAAUGUUUCAUCCAAAUGUAUAUGCAGACGGUAGUAUAUGUUUGGACAUUCUUCAAAAUCGCUGGAGUCCCACCUAUGAUGUAUCUUCAAUCCUAACCUCUAUACAGUCACUACUGGAUGAACCAAACCCUAACAGUCCAGCCAACAGCCAGGCAGCUCAACUGUACCAGGAGAACAAGCGAGAAUAUGAGAAGCGUGUGUCAGCCAUUGUAGAACAGAGCUGGCGAGACUGUUGACCCCUCUGACUUCACCAAGUAUGAACAGUACCCAGCCUCCAUACAUCAGUCUCGCGCAAGACUAAAAUAAAUACACAUCAUGUUUUGAA